AUGAAAGAAAGCUUAGAAAUGGAGAAAAUUACAAUCAUUUUCGUUGUUCUUCUCCUAAUCUCUUCAUGCAUGAUAAUGAGGAGUGAAGGUCAAUCUCGAUGUAACAAAGUUGAGGACUGUGAUCCUCGUGGUUGCAAGGGCAGCAGAGUAUAUUCAGGUGUAAUAUGUCAAAACCACAUGUGUACUUGUGACCAUGGUUCUUUUAUUGGCGGUAAUUGUAAAGGAGAUGGUGACUGUAUUCCUGAUGGGUGUCCACCAAAGAAUCAAGUAAAAUGCAAGAUUGGCCACUGCACUUGUGUCCCAAAGUUGAUUUAGUGGUCUACAAUGACUGGAAUAGUUCUAGAUGUAUGUCU